AUGGCUAAAUCCAACAACACCAUUUGGAGGCGCCCUGUUUACUACGACCAUGCGAAGACUGUGGUGUCGGCUGCACCGCCUAACAAGGGUGGGGCCGCCCUAUCCAGACACGGUGGGGCAUCCCGCCACAGCGGGGGUAGGUUAUAUGACCAGGGCGGUGUAUAUGACCAGAGUAGGGUAUUUAAUCAAGAUAUAAUAUCUUGCCCGAGUGGGGUAUAUGACCCGAGUGGGGUCUCUGACAAGGGAGUAUCCAGCCAGUUUUGGGUGUGUAACCAGACCGGGGUAUCUGACCAAAGUUGGGUAUCUGACCACGGAGUAUCCAGCCAGAGUGGGGUAUCUAACCCGGGCGGGGUUACAGAGCAGAAUGAGAGGCUAAAGGCCCGUGAAUACACACCCUCCUCUACUGAGGGUCCACCAGACACCAGGCUCUGGACAGACAGAACUCUGUCAUCUGAACGGCGGUCCUCAGAGCUCCACCUACCAGACGUGUCCCUGGCCAGUCUGAGGCUGCUGCUGCACGGGGUGACCACCCGCGUGGGCCGUAGGUCCACCUCCAGGAGGGGGGGCGUCCAUUGGUCCGAGUCCGGGUCUGUUGGGUCCAGCCGGCUCUCGUUGGACCGGACCGUGCUGCAUCGUCUGAGAGGGAGCAGGUUCGACGAGGAGAGGCUGGGCAGUGCGGGGAAAGGACGAGUAUUACUGCCGGAGGGAGACCGGGGCCAGGCGAGACUCCGGCCCCGGCUCCUGCCCCCCAUCUGCCCGGGGAACGGACCCCCGGUCCUGCUGACCAUGUCCACAGGGAACCCCCCCCUCCUCCCCUCUCGCACCCCCCACCCCCAACGGAGACCCCCCAUGGGAAAACAGCAGCUGUGGCAGUAG